CAUCGAAGUUGGCGGGAACACUUGGAAGGAGAACCACACAGAAACAAACCAGUGUCAUCACCCAAGACAUGUAAAUUCCCAAAUCCAACACUUUCUAACAAAAAAAGAUAAUUAAAUAAAUAAAAACAGUGCCAAGAAAACUUUUUCCAGGAAGAUAACAUCGCAUACUCAUCUGCUCUGCUGGUUUUAGUUUUCGCUCUGGAGCACUUUUUUCUUUCAUUCUUUUUUCCUUUUUUAAUUCAUUUGACUAUAAAACUUGCCUGGUGCGCUAAGCUAACUGAAUUUGGCCGGGAAAACUUAGAUGGGUAUGUUUGAAUCUGCUGUUUUAUUGUCGGGUUUCGAGAGAAUUUGGAAAAAUACCCAAUUCGUCUCCAUGAUCCUAAUCUCCAUUUUUGUUCCUUGAAGAAGCUAAAUUUGUUGGUCAUUCUUGCUCUACAGGAAAGGACAAUUUGCACGUUUGGUGGUUGCCAUUUCCAUUCUCCACCGACCAUUGUCUCUGGUUAGGCCUUAUCUUUCUGCAGUAAUGAAUUUCUUUCAGAAACUUCAUUGUUAGAGUACUUCAAUUUAGUUUUGAUCUCCAUUUUCAGAUUUUUGUGGUCGAGUCUUAAAAUGGAGCAAUUUCGAAAGAUUGGGGAGGAUUUGGGAAGUAUGAAGGCCUUGAUGGUGUUCCAAGACAACAUCCAAAUCAAUCAGCGGCAGUGUUUUUUGCUGCUUGAUAUCUUCAGCUCAGCAUAUGAAUCAAUAGCAGAGGAGAUGAAAUAUAAUCUGAGAUUUGAAGAGAAGCACACUAAAUGGAGGGUUCUCGAGCAGCCGUUGAGAGAGCUCCACAGGAUAUUCAAAGAAGGAGAAGCCUACAUCAGGCACUGCUUGGAAACAAAGGAUUGGUGGGCUAAAGCCAUUACUCUCUAUCAGAACUCCGAUUGCAUUGAGUUUCACAUCCAUAACUUACUUUCCUGCAUGCCAAUUGUCAUUGAAGCAAUUGACAUUGCUGGAGAAAUAUCAGGGUGGGGUCAGGAUGAGAUACAAAGGAAGAAAACCGUGUUCGCGGAUAAGUACAAAGAUGACUAUAGAGAUUGGAAACUUUUCAAGUGGAGAUUUGGGAAGCAGUAUUUGAUUACUCAAGAUUUCUGCAAUAGGUUUGACACAACAUGGAAAGAAGAUAGAUGGACUCUUCUCCAUAAAAUCAGAGAAAAGAAACUUUCAGGUUCGACAAAGUACGGGAAACGCCUCAUAGAUCUUCUUUUCAAAAGCUUAGAUGGGUCAGAGUCACAGCCUUUGAAUGGAAAGCUCUUACCUAGUUCAAUCCUGGUGGGGUCUAAGGACUACCAGGUGAGGCGACGGCUAGGGGGUGGAAGUCAGUAUAAAGAGAUCCUAUGGCUGGGUGAAAGCUUUGCCUCAAGACACUUCUUUGGGGAUAUUGAACCCCUGCUGCCAGAGAUUUCUUCAUUGUUAUCUCUGUCCCACCCCAACAUAGUGCACUUCCUUUGCGGGUUUACCAUCAAAGAGAUUUGUGGCCCACGAAAACGAUUUCCAUUUUCUCUUCCUGUUGCAGUUGAUCUGAUGCUUCAAAUUGCAAGAGGAAUGGAAUAUCUCCACUCGAAGAAAAUCUACCAUGGAGAAUUGAAUCCUUCUAACAUACUUGUUAAAGCAAGAGGCAUCUCCACAGAUGGGUACUUGCAAGCCAAGGUUUCAGGUUUUGGUUUAACUUCUGCGAAAAGCCCCAGCCAAAAAAACCUUUCAAAUCAGAAUGGAAGCCUACCUUUCAUCUGGUAUGCUCCAGAAGUUCUGGAAGAGCACGAACAGACAAAAAGUAGUGAGAAAAAGUACACAGAAAAGUCUGAUGUGUACAGCUUUGGCAUGGUUUGCUUUGAGCUUCUGACAGGGAAAGUGCCUUUUGAGGAUAGUCAUCUUCAAGGGGAGAAGAUGAGCCGAAACAUAAGGGCAGGAGAGAGGCCGUUGUUCCCAUUCUAUUCUCUGAGAUAUGUGACCAACCUCACAAAGAAAUGUUGGCACAGUGACCCUAAUCUACGGCCAAGCUUCUCAUCCAUCUGUCGGAUUCUAAGAUAUAUUAAAAGGUUCCUUGCAAUGAAUCCUGAUUAUAACAGCCAGCUAGACCCACCAGUGCCUAUGGUAGAUUACUGUGAGAUUGAGUCAGGGAUUCUGAGAAAGAUUCCUUCUUGGAAGAGUUGUGAGCAACCACCAGUAUCACAAAUCCCAUUUCAGAUGUUUGUUUAUAGAAUUGCGGAGAGAGAAAGAACAACUUUGAAAGAUACUUCAGAAUCAGGAAGCGAUGGAGCUUCAAUCUGUGGAGAUGAAAUGGUGACCACUCCAGACGAACCAUUCCCGCCCGCGCCUGAGAGGAAGUGUUUAACAUCACCUGAUAGCAUGAAAAAGAAACUUCCAUUCUUGAAGAAAUCUUCAGAUGUGAAAGCCAACAGACUACCAGGAACACCAAGAGGACGGUCUGUCAGACCUCCACAGAUGAGCCCUUGUGGCCGUAGUAUUAGUCUCAGAAUGAGUUCAGAAAGCCAGCUAAUGGCGAUGAGUCCAAGAAUACGGAGAACAUCAUCUGGACAUGCCUCAGAUUCUGAGCUCUCCUAGACCUUGAUACGUCAUACAUUUUGUCAACAAAUUACUUAGCUUCAGUCUAACUUUCAUGCAAUAUGUGGAUUGCUCAAUCAAACAUCAAGAGAAAGCACAGUUCAAGAUAGGAACGGUUUAGCUUGCUCUGAUGACUACAAGCAUCUGUAUCAAUAGUAGAUUGUGUUUAAGAGCCACAGUAAAAUGUUGAAGGACAGAAUUCUUUGUCAACGAAAGCUCAAAUGCACAGAAGGAAUCUAUACCAGGAGAAAGAUGGAGGAAGAAAAAGGUGUUUUAAGGCCCUAAAGUGGGGGACAAAAGUUGCAAGACCAGUCGAAUUUUUUUUCAGAAUCAGAACAAGAUAUCAUGGGCAGAAACUCAGAGCAAUCCUUUAGUGAGUAACUUUACAACGAGUCAGCUACAAACUUACAAGGUUGAGUCAUAAAGAGCUUAACAUUUGUAUACAAUAUAUAAUUAUGUGGCAAAACCUUCCAUACCUUUAAACUUUGUCCUCUGCAGAGGAACAAUUUAUUCAAGGAAUCCGUUGAGCUUAACGCAGGCAAGACUUCAACAGUGAUGAUCUCUGACAAGAUAUAACAACUUAAAGGCAAGAAAAAGACAACCUCAAUUCAUCUCAACCAGGGGCAAAAGAUGAGAUUGUAUAUCUGAGAAUAAUAUCCUCUUAUUGGGUAUAUGAGUCAUGAUAAAAAAAUUCCAUUAUUAGUUUAAUACUGAGAUGAUCAGAAAGUGUAAAGCAUUCAGAAGUGGCACAACUUUGAUCAA